AUGUCUGGAAACCUUGUGUCGGUAACAGCAGUGGCAGUAGAGAAGUCUGCCACAACACAACCAAUGCAGCAAGUGUCUGUAGUCACACCUCGAGCAUCAAGUACCUACGACGCUGAACAGAACUCAAUUCCAAGCUUUAUAAAAAUUACCAAUGAUUUUUCCAACAGUUUACUUUCAAGUAACACGUUUCACCUCCCUCUCACUGAGACAAGCUUACUGUCAGCAAACCUUGUGUCGGCCUCAGCAGAGAAAGUGGCUCUGUCCUCAAUGAAUCCGUUCGGAUCAAGCAAGUAUAGCAUCGAGCGGAACUCUUUGGAAGACUUCACAAAAGUAACGAAUGCUUUUUCCGACAGUUUACUUUCAAGCAUCACAUUCCAUGUCCCCUUUAACGACAUUAUUACCAGCACUCCUACAUUGAACACCGUCUGGUCUGUUCCCUUGUCUGCCCAGACAGUUCGUGAACUACCGACCAUUACAAGUUUUCCGAGCAGCUCUUUGGAUUAUGCUGCUAUGAGUAAAUCUUCAUACGACAGUUCACAAACGGUGCAGCUGUCUUCGGGUGUGUACUCUACGACAAACCUCGGCGGAGCAACAGUUGCAAGUAGCAGCGUGCUGACGCCUUCUCCUGCCAGCACCUACAUCAGCAGCCUGGCCACCUGGACCACACAAGCGAACAUGGAUUAUCAAGUCCGAAGUCAGGCAGUGUCUUCCGGAAUCUCGGUUGCUUCGAGCACCGGAACAGGCGCCAUUUUCUCGACUCUUGCGCCAGUACUAAGAAGCACAGGCGUGGCAGAGGUCUUACCAGGCUCCGAGACGUCCUUCACCUCCAUAACCCCGCAGUCUAGCUCCAGGGUCACGCAGGCAGAUUCCGUGACCUCAUCCUUCGGAAGCACAGCCGGAGCUGUCGUUUCAGCAGCCUCCAUAAAUCCUUCCUCCACUCUGUCUCCGAGUUCGGUCCAGCCGUCUGGGGUGACCCUGGUGAUGACUUCCUCCAAAACAUCAAAUACUGGGAACUGGGCGUCCUGUUCAGGGGGCCAGGUGAGCUGCGGGUCUUCAAGCUCAGAAUUAGGAAAGACCAGCUUGACCACAAGUCUGCUGUCCACGUCAUCAGCAGCUGCACCAUCCACGCGUCUGUCGGCAGCAGCAUCUGAAGCAGCGCAGCGCACGACGGCGGCAGCACAGAGCACGGCUCAGUCCACCCCACUCUCCCCGUCUGCCUCUUUCAUAGACGCCUCCACGGCUCGGAGUGACAGCACAACAGUUUUUGCAAGCAGCGCCUCCGCUUUCAAUAACACUCCAUCUUCCACUAACUCUCUAACCAACAAAGGAGGGAAAACAGCUUUAGUCAGUCUGUCGCAACUUCUCAUUCUUCUCGCUGUUAAUGUUUGUUCUGCUGUAAUUUACUGUUCUUAUUAG